UUGCUGCGGGGCUUAAAGCAGUCUUCAAGAGAGACGCUUGACGCUUGCACACACAAUGUUAGUGUAGAGUCGGGACCCCUGUAGAGUUAGACUGCCUUUUACGUUAUCUCAUCUAUUGCGCUUUUCCAAACUAUGACUGGAGUAUUCGACAGAAGGAUUCCGAGUAUUAAACCAGCAGAUUUUCAAAACCCUUUUCAGCUCUCCACAAUGCAUCACCCAUCUCAGGAAUCACCAACCCUGCCGGAGUCGACAGCCACGGAUUCUGGCUAUUACAGCCCUGCUGGAGGAGUUCAUCAUGGCUAUUGUUCGCCGAAUUCGGGCUCGUAUGGGAAACCUCUUAAUACCUAUCAGUACCAAUACCACGGAGUCAAUGGAACUUCUGGAAAUUACCCUGCAAAAUCCUACCCUGAUUACGGCUCAUACUCCACAGCAUAUCAUCAAUAUGCCGGAACCUACAAUAGGGUGCAGUCACAACCGAGCCCACAAGAAAAAGAAACAGUCGAGCCUGAAGUGAGAAUGGUCAACGGUAAGCCCAAGAAAGUCCGAAAGCCACGCACCAUCUAUUCCAGUUUCCAGCUCGCGGCUUUGCAGAGACGCUUUCAGAACACGCAAUACCUCGCGCUUCCAGAGAGAGCCGAGCUCGCUGCAUCACUGGGGCUUACACAGACACAGGUGAAAAUUUGGUUCCAGAAUAAGAGAUCAAAACUAAAGAAGAUUAUGAAAAACGGCGAAUUGCCACCAGAGCACAGUCCCAGCUCCAGUGACCCGAUGGCGUGUAACUCACCGCAAUCUCCCGCGGUGUGGGACUCACAGGGUCCUCAGAGACCCCACCAUCAGCCACAGAAUAUUAACACAGCGCCAUCCUCGUUUAUGGAAAACAGCAGCUCUCCGUGGUAUUCUUCCACCGGGACGAUGAAUUCUCACAUUCAGGCAGCCGGCACGUUACAGCACUCGUUGGCACUCGGACCAGGAACGUUGUACUGAAAUUUGUAUAUUAUUUUGUUGUAUAUCGGACUGGUGUUAACAAUUUUUGAGGAAUAUGCAAUGUAUUAUUAUGGCAGUCAUAGAAGACAGUGUAUAAUGUGUAAAUGUGUGCAUGUAAUUUAUUGCAUUUGGAAGAAUUAUUAAAUGUUUUAAAUGGACAAUGGACCCGAA